AUUAUCUUGUCUUUAUCCUGUGUAUAUAUUCCCUUUUGAAUUCGAGUUAUUCCUCGUUUACAACACACAUUCAAGAAAUAAUAAGUCAUACCAAUGACGCAGAAAAGAAAAUCCACCACCAACAGCGAUAGCGAAGAAGACGAAACCUUUUAUUUCCGCUAUUCCUCUGUCGCCGCCCCACCGUCUUCAUCCUCCUCAAACCCCAACCAAAUUACCUCCAAAUCCACCGGCGGCGGUGGCGGGUCCAGCGGUCUAGCCCCAUCAAAAUCAACCCUUUACGUCUCCAACCUUGACUACUCCCUCACAAACUCCGACCUCCAUACUCUCUUUUCCACUUUCGGAAAAAUCGCCCGCGUCUCCGUCCUCAAAGACCGCGUCACCCGAAAACCCAAGGGAGUCGCUUUCAUCCAGUUUGUUUCCCGCGAUGGCGCGCUAUCGGCGGAGCGUGUAAUGCACGGCAAAGUGCUCAACGGUAGAACCCUCAGUGCUUCGAUCGCCAUCGAUAACGGACGAGCCCCGGAGUUUAUUAGGAAAAGGGUUUAUAAGGAUAAGUCGAGGUGUUAUGAAUGUGGGGUUACUGGGCAUUUGUCAUAUGAAUGCCCGAAGAAUCAGUUGGGGCCAAGAGAAAGGCCGGUGCCAAAGAAGGGGCGGAGAGGUUGCGGCGGUGGAGAGAGGAGGGAGGAUAACGGAGAUUGGGCCGAUGAGGAAUCGGAUGGUGGAGACGGGUUUGAGGAGGAGAAUUGGGCGUCGGUAGUGGAUGGGGCGGCGGAGGAGAGGUUGAGGAAAGCGGAGAUGGUGGAAGAAAAGAAGAAGAAGGUGACAAGAAAAGUUAGUUAUUUUAGUGAUGAGAGUGAUGAGGAAGAGUGAUUUUAUGGUAGCGAUGGAGAAUCGGCGUUGAUUUUUGAGGGUCAAAUUUAAUCUGGAAUCAUUUGAAUUUGAGCUCCUUUUUAUAGAGUCAGGAUUUACACUGAAAAUGAUGUCACUUGAAUGGUCCAACACUCAGGAGGGCUUUUGCAAACAGACCGAGUAGUAUACUAACAUCUUCAUUAACAAGCAGGAGUUUAGCGUUUAGUAUUUCAGUCUAAGAAAUGAUGUACAAUAGCUUGAUAAGUUGAUUCGUGUAUGUUUAGGUUUUGCCUAGCAGUUUAUUCAUGCUUGUUAGGCACAAAGGCACCUGCUGGUUGCUUUUUCUUGUUCAUGUACCUGGUGUAAAAUGUAGGCAAUGAGGGGAAGGCUAGUUCAAUAGGCCCUUUCCUUCUUUAAGCCUUUAUGAUACUGUUAAAUUAACACUUAGACUGAAUGGUACUUAUAAUUUAUGAAAGCUUGUUUCCUUGGGGUUUUAUUCAGCUUCAAUAUCAAACCUCCUCUU